GAUUUCCUCUUCUGCUGCCCACGGUCGGGUUUGCUGGCGGUUUUGCGACGGAUAGUGACGAAUUAUCGAAAUUGUCGCAGCGGAUUUCCAGAUCUCACAGUUUGGGAUACGGUAGCAAAGACUGUGGCGGUGGUCGAGGUGAAAGGUCCAGGAGAUCGGCUUUCAACGAAACAACGCCUCUGGCUGGAUUUCUUUAUGCGGCAUGAGAUCAGGGCAUCCAUUGGAAUCUAG